UUCCUCGCCGGAGGACAACAACUGCUGGAGCAAGGCUACGCAAAGCACAAAGACACGCCAUACGUGAUCCAGACAUGCGACAAUGAGCGACUCGUUGUCCCCGACAAGUUUAUCGAGGAGUUGAAGAAUCUACCAGAUACUCAGCUUAGCUUCAAAGAGGAGCUUCUUGAUAGAUUUAUGGGCAAAUAUACCAAGCUAGAUGCCGUUCGCGGAACGGACAUUCACCGCAACAUUGUCAGGUUUCAACUGACAAAGAAUCUGGGGAAUUUGUUACCGCAGAUGAAAGAAGAGGCAGAUAUAGCAUUGGAGAAUGCCCUUGGAAGCUGUGACUCAAAAGAAUUCACCCCCGUCAAAGCAUCUUCCGUCAUUUUCGCUGCCAUUGGCCAAAUCACCUCACGCCGAGUGAUCGACGACCCCCUCAUCUCCCGCGACCCGAUAUGGCUCAAGACCAUCAUGGGCUUCACCGCUUCCGUGGCCGUCUUCUGCAUGAAAAUGAGAACAAUUUCGCCCACCCUGCGUCCCAUAGCUCGGUAUACGCUGCCAUGCGGCCGGAGACUGCGCUCUGACAUUGCACAAGUAACGGAGCUCCUGGCUCCGGUCAUUCGGGCGCGACAGCGGCAAAAUAUGGACAUGAAGUCUGCAGAGCUCGACGAGGGCCAGCCGCAGGACUUUGUGCAAUGGCUCUCUGAGUCUGCCAAGGGCCAUGAUGCGGAACCAGAGGCAAUCGUCAUGAAGAUCCUCUUUCUCAUUGUUGCUGCGAUGCACUCGAGCGCUAUCACAGCUAUACACGCCCUGUAUGACCUCUGCGCCCACCCUGGAUCGAUGGAAGAGCUGCGCGAGGAGGCAGUCAGAGAAAUCGGUACCAACGGCUGGACCGAAAGCUCGUUGCUAAGGCUGCGCAAGAUGGAGAGCUUCCUCAAGGAGAGCGGCCGCACCAACUCUGCCGGGAUCGUCUCCUUUCAGCGGUUGGUGCUCUCCCCGAUUCCCCUCUCAAAUGGCUUUACCAUCCCAGCAGGCACGCACAUCUGCGCAGCCUCCGACGCCCGCUCCCGUGAUCCUACACUGUACGACUCGCCUCUAGAGUUCCGGCCAAUGCGCUUCUAUUCUGAUCCUAGCACAGACCGGGAAGAGGCCAGCGAGAUAGAUGCCGCCAAUUUCUUCAGCUCCGUCACUGCGGGUGACUCGUGGUUUGGAACGGGCCGGCAGGCGUGCCCGGGGCGGUGGUACGCCAGUGCGCAGAUCAAGCUGGUGCUUUGUCUGUUGUUGAUCGAGUAUGAGUUCAGAUUUCCAGCCGGGCAGACUGAGAGGCCAAAGAACUGGGUCAAGGAUGAGAAGACUGGCCCCAACAUGGAACAGGUCAUCUUGGUCAAGCGGAAG